AGCACUCGUAUUUUGGCGCCCAUGGUACGGUCACACUAUAGCCCCACGCCAUUGCUUAAAUUUGUUUGUCUCUGCAAAUUUGCAAAUCUGAUUAAAAAUGCCGGAAGAAACCGAGAUUGCGGUAGACGAUAAGCGUAGUCACUUGCCCUGGAUCGAGAAGUAUCGUCCAGUGAAGUUCAAGGAGAUUGUGGGCAACGAGGAUACGGUGGCUCGAUUAUCUGUUUUUGCCACCCAGGGCAAUGCACCUAAUAUCAUCAUUGCGGGUCCUCCUGGCGUGGGCAAGACCACCACCAUCCAGUGCCUGGCGAGGAUUCUCCUGGGAGAGAGCUAUAAAGAGGCUGUUCUCGAGCUAAAUGCCUCUAAUGAGCGAGGAAUCGAUGUGGUGCGCAACAAGAUCAAGAUGUUUGCCCAGCAAAAGGUGACAUUACCACGCGGCAGGCAUAAGAUCGUGAUCCUAGAUGAGGCGGACAGCAUGACGGAGGGUGCCCAACAGGCCCUCCGCCGCACGAUGGAGAUCUACAGCAACACCACACGAUUCGCCCUGGCCUGCAACACCAGUGAGAAGAUCAUCGAACCCAUCCAAUCCCGCUGCGCCAUGUUGAGAUUCACCAAACUAUCCGAUGCCCAGGUCCUGGCCAAGCUCAUCGAGGUGGCCAAGUGGGAGAAGCUCAACUAUACGGAGGAUGGACUUGAGGCUAUUGUCUUUACUGCCCAAGGAGACAUGCGACAGGGUCUGAACAAUCUGCAGUCCACCGCCCAGGGAUUCGGCGAUAUCAAUGCGGAGAACGUGUUCAAGGUCUGUGAUGAGCCACAUCCCAAGCUUCUGGAGGAGAUGAUCCACCACUGUGCGGCCAACGAUAUCCACAAGGCCUACAAGAUUCUGGCCAAAUUGUGGAAGCUAGGAUACUCGCCGGAGGACAUCAUUGGGAACAUAUUCCGCGUCUGCAAGCGCGUCAACAUCGACGAGCAUCUGAAGCUGGACUUUAUCCGGGAAAUUGGCAUCACCCACAUGAAGAUCGUCGAUGGAAUCAAUUCCUUGCUGCAGCUCACCGCCCUUCUGGCCAAACUCUGCAUAGCUGCUGAGAAGCAUUAACUUGUAUUUAAAACUUGUAUAGGGUCCUUAGUAUAUCGUCGUUACUGAAUAAAUUUCUGGAAAGAA